AGAACACAAGAUAUUCAGAAAAAAUAAAUAAAAAACCUAAUAUGGGUUGCUUCAGCAGCAAACAUCGAAGAACACAGAGUGACGUCGUCAAUGGAAACGUACAUCGGUCAAUUCCGACAAACCAAUCACAAACUCAUGUCCCUCGUGACGUCACCGCACAUAGCUCAAUUCCGACAAAUCAAUCGCAAACUCAUGUCUCUCGUGACGUCACCGAGCCUCAAAUUCCGACAAGGACUCAGAAUCAUCAUCAUCAUAAUCCACAAGAACAACAAGAAUCCAAACCCGUCAAUCAGCAGAUAAUCGAAGAGUAUCAGGUUUUCAAACCAUUGAAACCCAUCGCUCUCCUAGAAACAGAGACGAUCCUAGGCAAACCCUUCGAACAGAUCAAGAGACUCUACACGUUAGGUCACGAGAUAGGCCGAGGGCAAUUCGGUAUAACCUACACUUGCAAGGAGAACUCAACGGGAAACACGUACGCGUGCAAGUCCAUACUCAAACGAAAGCUAACGAGGAAGCAAGACAGAGACGACGUCAAGAAAGAGAUUCAGAUCAUGCAGCAUUUGUCAGGGCAACAGAACAUCGUCGAGAUCAGAGGCGCUUACGAGGAUAGACAGUCGAUACAUCUUGUGAUGGAGCUGUGCGGUGGGGGUGAGUUGUUCGAUAGGAUCAUAGCUCAGGGUCAUUACUCGGAAAGAGCAGCUGCUGGUGUUAUUAGAUCGGUGCUGAAUGUUGUGCAGAUAUGUCAUUUCAUGGGUGUGAUGCAUCGUGAUCUCAAGCCUGAGAAUUUCUUGCUUAGUAGUAAAGAUGAGGACGCUAUGCUUAAGGCUACUGACUUUGGAUUGUCUGUGUUCAUUGAAGAAGGGAAAGUGUACAGAGAUAUAGUAGGGAGUGCGUACUAUGUUGCUCCUGAAGUAUUAAGACGAAGUUAUGGCAAAGAGAUCGAUAUUUGGAGUGCAGGGAUUAUUCUUUACAUCUUGCUCUGUGGUGUGCCUCCUUUUUGGGCAGAAACUGAGAAGGGGAUAUUUGAGGAGAUAAUAAAAGGAGAAAUUGAUUUUGAGAGCCAACCAUGGCCAUCUAUAUCUGAGAGUGCUAAAGACCUUGUGAGGAAGUUGCUCACUAUGGACCCUAGGAAGCGAAUCUCUGCGGCACAAGCUCUUGAGCAUCCUUGGAUCAGAGGCGGAGAAGCACCGGAUAAUCCUAUUGAUAGUGCUGUGUUAUCUAGGAUGAAGCAGUUCCGAGCAAUGAACAAGCUUAAGAAGCUAGCUCUAAAGGUUAUUGCUGAAAGUCUAUCAGAAGAAGAAAUCAAAGGUCUUAAAACCAUGUUUGCGAAUAUGGAUACUGAUCAAAGUGGCACUAUCACUUACGAAGAACUCAAAACCGGGCUGGCUAGACUCGGUUCUAAACUCUCUGAAGCUGAAGUUAAACAACUCAUGGAAGCUGCUGAUGUAGAUGGCAAUGGAACAAUCGACUACAUUGAAUUUAUCUCAGCAACGAUGCAUAGAUACAGAUUGGACCGAGAUGAGCACUUAUUCAAAGCUUUCCAAUACUUCGACAAAGACAAUAGCGGGUUUAUCACAAUGGAUGAGUUAGAGUCAGCGAUGAAAGAGUAUGGUAUGGGAGAUGAAACUAGCAUAAAAGAAGUUAUAGCAGAAGUAGAUACAGAUAAUGAUGGAAGAAUAAACUAUGAAGAAUUCUGCGCGAUGAUGAGAAGUGGUACCACACAGCCACAACAAGGGAAGACUUCUUCCAUUCCAUUGACUGAUUAGUCGAAAAAGGAGGAAUAUAACAUUAGUAUUGAUUCCCAACAUUUGUCUUAGAUUCAUUUGCGUAAAGUGUUCCAGUCCUAAACCGAUGAAAAGUUUUAGAAAAAAGUAGUUUAUGUUUUUAGAAUAUUCAA